UUUCUCUCCAAUUUAUCUUCUUCUCUUCCUCCUCCUUCCUUCCUUCCUUCCUAAUCGCCCAUCCCUCACUGAAUCCUUCGUUAAACCCUACACAUCUCAUAGAGUAGAGGCCCUCUUACAAUACAAAUCUGUAUAUCUCCGGAGGGAUUCAAGUAGCUUCGCGCCCGCGGCGAUAAUGAAUCCAUUAUCCGUCACUCCAUCUUCUUCUUCUUCUUCCUCCUCUACGCCGGCGCUGUUAUCUCCUUUCAUCAACCAGUCGCCUCUCCGUCUCACUCCCUCGUCUCUCUCCCUCCCUUCCCGCCGGCGUGUGAGAGUAUCCUUCCCUCGCAACUCAGCCGAUCCAUCGCCGUCUGAUGACUCGGCUGCUUCCGCUACACCGUCCACCACCACCACCAGUGUUUUCGGAGAGAGGAAGGAGUUGACCGGGAUUCAGCCCUUGGUCGAUAGCCUUUCUCCCCCGCUCAGGUUAGCGAGUUCCACUGUAAUACUGGCCGGAGCUGUGGCUGCCGGUUACGGUUUGGGGCUACGACUCGGCGGAACCCGCAAUUUGGCUCUGGGUGGGGCGGCCGUUAUGGGCGCUGCCGGUGGGGCCAUGGUGUACGCUUUGAAUGCUUCCGUUCCUGAGGUUGCAGCCGCUAGUUUGCAUAACUAUGUUGCUGGUUUCGAUGACCCUGGAGCUGUUAAGAAGGAGGAAAUUGAACAGAUUGCCAAAAAAUAUGGUGUGAGCAAAACAGACCAAGUGUUCAGUGCAGAACUUUCAGAAUUAUACUGCAGAUUUGUUUCCUCUGUUCUACCUCCUGGAAGUGAAGACCUUAAGGGCAAUGAAGUUGAAACGAUAAUCAACUUCAAGAAAGCUUUGGGGAUUGACGAUCCUGAUGCAGCUGCUAUGCACAUGGAGAUCGGUAGGCGCAUUUUCAGGCAAAGGCUUGAAACUGGCGACCGUGAUGGAGACGUUGAGCAACGCCGGGUAAUGCAGGCAUUUCAGAAGUUGGUCUAUGUUUCAUCGCUUGUUUUUGGUGAAGCAUCAUCCUUCCUUUUACCUUGGAAGAGGGUGUUCAAGGUCACUGAUUCACAGGUUGAAAUUUCGAUCCGUGAUAAUGCCCAGAGAUUGUAUGCUUCCAAGCUAAAAUCAGUUGGUAAAGAUAUUGACGUGGAGCAGCUCGUGAGCCUCAGAGAAUCACAACUUUCAUACCGACUCUCCGACGAGGUACUUUACAGCACAGGAUUGAAGCAAGUAGUGGAAGAAAUUGAUGUGAUUCUCGCAUUCAAUGAUGGACUUAUUUCUCUGAAAAACCAUGCUGAUGCCGAUCGUUUUGCUCGUGGAGUUGGUCCAGUGUCUGUACUAGGUGGUGAGUAUGCUAGUGACAGAAAAAUGGAUGACUUGAAACUUCUGUACAGAGUCUAUGUCACAGAUGCUUUAUCUAGUGGUCGGAUGGAAGAUAGUAAGGUUGCCUCAAUGAACCAGUUAAAGAAUAUAUUUGGUCUGGGUAAAAGAGAAUCAGAGGCGAUCACACUUGAGGUUACCUCAAAGGUUUACCGAAAACGUCUUUCACAGGCAGUUUCUGGCGGUGAUUUGGAGGUUGCAGAUAGCAAGGCAGCUUUCUUACAGAAUCUAUGUGAGGAAUUGCACUUUGAUCCACUAAAAGCAAAAGAGAUUCAUGAAGAAAUAUACCGCCAAAAGCUUCAGCAAUGCAUAGCUGAUGGAGAGCUUAGUGACGCGGAUGUCAAAAGUCUGCUGCGGUUGAGAGUCAUGCUUUGUAUCCCAGAGCAAACUAUUGAAGCGGCUCAUGCUGAUAUCUGCGGUGGCCUGUUUGAGAAGGUCGUCAAGGAUGCUAUUGCUUCAGGCAUUGAUGGUUAUGACAUGGAUGUUAGGAAGGCUGUUAGAAAGGCAGCCCAUGGGCUGAAGUUAUCUCGGGAGGCAGCAAUGUCUAUUGCCAGCAAGGCUGUCAGGAAGAUUUUUGUGACUUACGUAAAGCGAGCUCGCUCAUCAGAUAAUCGUACAGAAUCUGCGAAAGAACUGAAGAAAAUGAUUGCUUUCAAUUCUUUAGUCGUUACUGAACUGGUUGCUGAUAUUAAAGGGGAAUCUUCUGAUAUUAAACCUGAAGAGCCUGUGAAGGUGGAAGAAAAGAAACAAGUUGAUGAGGAAGAUGAGUGGGAUGAGGAGGAAUGGGAAUCUCUGGAAUCACUGAAGAAAGUGAAACCAGGCAAAGAACUAGAUGCAAAGAUAGGGAAGCCUGGGCAGUCAGAGAUAAACCUUAAAGAUGACCUUCCUUUGAGAGAGAGGACUGACUUAUAUAAAACAUACUUGCUCUAUUGCCUUACGGGUGAAGUCACAAGAAUUCCUUUUGGUGCUCAGAUUACGACCAAAAAGGAUGACUCUGAAUUUGUGUUCUUGAGUCAGCUGGGGAAUAUUCUGGGAUUGACAGUCAAGGAAAUUGUGGAUGUACAUAGAGGACUCGCAGAACAGGCUUUCAGGCAACAAGCUGAAGUGAUUUUAGCUGAUGGGCAACUGACAAAAGCCAAGGUCGAGCAGCUCGAUGAAGUUCAAAAGCAAGUAGGAUUGCCAGCAGAGUAUGCUCAAAAGGUGAUCAAGAACAUUACCACCACGAAAAUGGCAGCCGCCCUUGAAACUGCUGUUGCUAGAGGGAGGCUGAACAUGAAGCAGAUAAGAGAACUGAAGGAAGCCAAUGUAGAGAUCGACAGCAUGAUCUCUGAGAAGCUAAGAGAGAACCUGUUCAAAAAAACCAUUGAUGAGAUUUUCUCUUCUGGAACUGGUGAAUUUGACGAGGUGGAGGUUUAUGAAAAGAUGCCAGCUGAGUUGAACAUUAAUGCUGACAAGGCAAAAGGGGUGGUUCAUGAACUUGCACGGAGCAGAUUAUCGAACUCCCUGAUUCAGGCUGUUGCACUGUUGAGGCAGAGAAAUCGAGCUGGAGUUGUAUGGUUUCUAAAUUAUUCUCAUCUAAUUUCGUUACAAUGUUCACAGACCUCUAAAAGCACGUGGUGACAUCGUGUGAUUGCAGCUCCCCCGUGUUCUCAUCUGUUGAAUUGACACAGUGGCCAUUUUGUAAAUCAUGCCACAUGUGUUGAUCCAAGCGGCUGGUGCUUACGGGCUGGCCUGUCAGCAUUAUAACCGAACCCCUUCUUAACGCAGUUGUAUAAUGUGAUCUCCUGACUUGUGAUUUUAUGUCCUUUUGUUGCAGGUCUCAGCGCUGAAUGAUAUGCUAGCAUCCGAUAAGGCUGUUCCUGCAGAGCCACUGAAGUGGGAGGUUCCAGAGGAGCUGUCUGAUCUUUUUACAAUCUAUAUGAGGAGUGACCCGGCUCCUGAAAAGCUUUCUCGGUUGCAGUAUUUGCUGGGAAUAAGUGACUCGACGGCUGUUGCCCUACGAGACGUGAAAGAUCAAGUCCUGUCAGUUGGGGCAGAGGAAGAAGAGUUUGCUUUCUAAACUAGUAGAAUAUGUGAGAUAAGAACUUCUAGUUAGAAGUAGAGCUGUUGAGCUUUUCUUUUACAUUGUUUUUUGUUGUAUUAAUAUGGAUUUUGACACCAGACAUCUUUUAGUUUGGCCGUGGAAUUACUGAAUGAAUAAUUGAGUUUGUGCUCACGGGGGCAAAUCAUUCCAUUAACAAUGACAUAGUUUUGAACUCCUCCGGAAUACUUCUUUUGUUUUGCAGGUUCAAUCUUGGAGAAACUUGCG